AGCCAUUUUGCCAUUUUUUUGGGUGUCAUAAUGGCGCGCAUGAACAGACCCGCGCCGGUGGAAAUCACCUACAAGAAUAUGAGGUUCCUCAUCACCCACAACCCUACCAAUGCCACCCUCAACAAGUUCAUCGAGGAGCUGAAGAAGUAUGGCGUGACCACAGCAGUGAGGGUGUGCGAGGCCACGUACGAUGCUACAUUGGUGGUAAAAGAGGGAAUUCAAGUUCUGGACUGGCCGUUUGAUGACGGCGCUCCUCCCUCUAACCAGAUUGUGGACGACUGGCUCAACCUGCUCAAGGUCAAGUUCCGUGAGGAGCCCGGUUGCUGCAUUGCCGUGCACUGUGUGGCGGGCCUCGGCAGAGCUCCUGUCCUGGUGGCCCUCGCCCUCAUUGAAUGUGGCAUGAAAUACGAAGAUGCCGUGCAGUUCAUUCGACAGAAGCGUCGCGGAGCUUUCAACAGCAAGCAGCUCUUCUACCUGGAGAAAUAUCGUCCAAAGAUGCGUCUUCGCUUCAAAGAUUCCAACAGCCAUCGCAACAACUGCUGCAUCCAGUAGAACAACAACAUGUUGCCUUCGUCUUACAACCCAGAAAUAAUGUUCUCGUUCCUUACCUGGGGAAAGCCACAUUUCUUCGUUACCCACCUUCAGUGCCGCGCACUACUACGCUCUGUCUUUUCUAGUAGUACAAAAUUCCUGCACAUCACUAAUUGGGAGUCUUUAGUUGACUUUUUUUCUCAUAGUAGAAAAAAAAAUGGUUGUCGUAAGACAGUCAAGUCUACUAGCAGAGACAAAGUGUACUCGUGCAUGGACCUGGAGCUGCAUUUGAACAAAUGCUCAGACUGCUUUCCAUAUUUACCAGCGUCUCGUUAUGACAGUUCUAUUCAUUGUUAAACUCUAGAACCUUUUUUGCAUUUGUUUACUAAUUGCCACAAUGUGAUUUUUUUGUUCUGUUUUUGUCAUAAUUUCAAACUGGACUAUUUUGUACGCCUUUUUAUUUGAUAUUCCUAAUUUAACACUUGGAUACUUGAUUAGUUGGCGUAUUUGAUUAGUUGGCUAUUUAUGUUAUCGAUGGACGUGAGUGAUUUAGUACCUGAGUGGCAAAGUUCUACCUGUUAAUUGACUUGUGACGGUUCUACAACCCCUGGCAAAAUUAUUGUUCGCCAGUGUCUGAGGAUGUUCAAUGCAGUUGUUUAAUUUUGUUGAAUAAAGCAAAUUAAAGACAUGAAACAA